AUGUCCUGCGAGUUGAAGCACGCGCUCCACUGCGUGUGCCUCACUGGCUGGGUGCUGGGCUUCGCGUUUUUCUGCGGCGCCUUCACCCCCGACCCUACACCCAUCCAGCCGAUCGAACAAUACGGGUACAUCUGGACAGCGGUCCUCUAUCUAUUACGGCUGACGUCACUCCUCGUCCUCCCCCAAUGCAUAUUCAACCUGCUCGGUCUCCUUGUGUUCAAUGCUUUUCGCGAAAAGAUCCACCUGAAAGCCGCGCCCCUAUUGUCCCCAUUCGUUUGCUUCAGAGUAGUCACCCGUGGAGACUAUCCCCUUAUGGUCAAGGAUAAUAUUGAAACCAAUAUGAAAAAAUGCUACGAUGCUGGUAUGGAAAACUUCAUUUUUGAGGUUGUCACUGACAAACCCAUCAACCUCCCCAGCAUGCCCCGAGUACGCGAAGUUGUUGUCCCAAGCACCUACAAGACAAAGAGCGGCGCCAAGUACAAGGCGCGGGCGCUGCAGUACUGUCUGGAAGAGGAUGUGAAUAUAUUGCAAGAGAAUGACUGGAUCGUCCACUUGGAUGAGGAGACGUUGUUGACGCAGAAUGCGAUUUGCGGUAUCCUGAACUUCUGCGAAGACGGGCGACAUCAAUUCGGCCAGGGAGUUAUCACGUACGCCAACGGCGACGUCGUCAAUUGGUUCACCACCCUUGCCGAUUCUUUCCGCGUCGCUGACGACAUGGGCAAGCUGCGCUUCCAGUUCAAGGCCUUCCACAAACCGCUGUUUGGCUGGAAAGGAUCAUACGUCGUCACGCAGGUUGCCGCCGAGAGGAAAGUGUCCUACGAUCAUGGCAUGGAGGGGUCAAUUGCGGAGGAUUGUUUCUUCUCGAUGGUCGCAAUGCAGCAUGGAUAUUCGUUUGAUUUCAUCGAUGGCGAAAUGCACGAAAAAUCCCCAUUCACCAUGUUCGAUUUCCUGCAGCAGCGCAAAAGAUGGCUACAAGGAAUCCUAUUGACGGUCCACUCGAAGGUGAUUCCGAUGAAGCACAAGAUUCUCCUUGCCAUGUCCCUGUAUGCCUGGGCGGCCAUGCCGAUCACCAGUCUACAAAUCUUCAUCUGCCCGCUCUUCCCACUGCCAAAAUUCUUGCCGAUCGACUUUGCGUUGACGUUCGUCGGGGCCGUCAACCUCUACAUGUAUAUAUUUGGGGUCGUCAAGUCUUGUGCGCAUAAGUAUAGACGUUCCCUCCUGCGGCUAGCCGUGUAUCUCAUCGGCGCCCUCGUCACCAUCCCGUUCAACAUCGUCAUCGAAAACACGGCCGUCGUGCUCGGCAUGUUCGGCGAAAAGAACAAAUUCUUCGUUGUCGACAAAUCGAUGAAGGAACUCCGAUCACUACAAAACGUC